CAAACGUAUACGCUAUACUCUUUCUUAACACUACAAGUACUUAAUCGUUGUGCACUUCUUAUUCUCCAACUCUCUCCACUCACGUCUAGACAGAAAGUUAUACUAUAGCUUCGCUAUAAUUUCAAACGUCCCCUUCUCUGAUGGUAAUCGAUUUCAAGGUAAUGAAAGAGAUGCACGCACACAAUAUCACGAGCGCAAGCUCAACUUUCAAUCAAUGCUACCGAACUAUCGUAAACAGUUGUUUUCAAGCUAUCCGCGAAUAUGCAUCUCUCUAUGCAACAUAAGUGUGAUUACACACCGCGAAACCUGUACUAUAAGAAAGAUAUCGCUUAUGUAACCAAACACAGCAAGUGGAUCCUGCAAUCCAUUGGCAUUUGGCCAGCAGCAGUAGGAGAUGUGAAAAAAUUUCUGCCAAAAAUCGCAAUUGCACUCAGUAAUUUUGUGUUACUCUUCGCCAUUAUUCCAUGCAUUCUGCAUAUCAUAUUCGAAGAAAAAGAUACUAUAAUGAGAUUAAAAUUAUCCGGUUUACUGAGUUUCUGUUGUACUUCGUUGAUGAAAUACUGGGCGCUCACCCUUCGCAAACCGAGGAUCAAAGGCUGCAUCGAACAGGUGUGCAUUGACUGGGAACAGGUGGAACUACAUAAGGAUCGCGAAAUAAUGUUGAAAUACGGGCGAAUGGGUCGAAAUCUGACAAUAAUCUGCGCCGUAUUCAUGUACACCGGCGGAACAAUCUAUCACUCGAUUUUACAGUACGCGAUCGGCACGUUUGUCGAUGAACGUAAUCGUACAAUCAAACCUCUGGUAUAUCCUACAUAUAGCGCGUUGUACGACGUUCAGAGUAGCCCCAUUUACGAUCUAGUGUACGUUAUUCACUGCAUGUGCGGAUACGUGAUGUAUUCCAUAACUGCCGGUGCUUGUGGAUUAGCCGCUCUUUUCGCAACACACACCUGUGGACAAAUCGACAUCAUUAUAUCUCGAUUGAAUGAUCUUGUCCGUGGCGAAUAUAUGAAAGAAACGCUUAAUUUAAAUGCGCGAUUGAUAGAAAUUGUUGAACGUCAUUUGAGAAUUUUAAGAUUUUCGGCAGCAGUAGAAAUGGUGCUACAAGAAGUAUGUUUCCUAGAAUUCAUUGGAUCCACCUUUAUGAUAUGUCUACUCGAAUAUUAUUGUAUAACGGAUUGGGAACAGAGUAAUACCAUCAGUCUUACGACAUAUACAAUGUUACUAAUAUCUCUGACAUUUAACAUAUUUAUAUUGUGCUAUAUCGGUGAACUCCUAAUAGAAAAGAGCAGUAAUGUUGGAUUGUCUUGUUUCAUGAUCGACUGGUUUCAUUUACCGACUAAGACAAUACACGGUCUUAUUUUAAUCAUUGCUAUGUCGAAUAAUCCGGUUAAAAUUACCGCAGGCAGGAUAGCUGAUUUAUCUUUAUCAACUUUUGGAAGUGUUCUCAAAUCAUCACUGGCGUAUUUAAGUUUCCUCCGGACUAUUGUUAUGCAAUAAUUUAUUAAUUUUUAUGUACUUUUAUAGUAUUUCCAGUAGAGAAAAUAAAACAAUAAGACAUAGCAAUAUUUUUUAUUAUCUUAAUGCAAUUUAUGACAUAGUGUUACCCAGAUGGUACUAUGUGGUCGUUCAUUAUCAGCAAAGUUAUCAGCUUCUCAGCUAGUCGACCUUUAAUUGAGAAUAAACAUGAAUAUU